AUGCGAUCAACAAAUCGCAUGUAUAUUGGAAAUGAUCCAACAGGUCCUUUCGGAGGGCUAUGCCGAAACCACAAGAACUCUCCUGAGGAGUCUUCUAGCGAAUCUACUUGCCUCAUCUAUGUUUUAGGGCUAAUCGUGGGAGCGACUUACAGUAACAGGACACCCAUUCGAGACCGACAAGAGUUGAACUUCGUCCAACGAUACUUCCAUAACGCUGGACGUCUGCAGCCCUGUCUCAUUGUCUACUGCCGCGAUUGGACGGCCAAGUCGAGCUAUCACACCACUUCAAACGAUAAAAUAAACAGAAGAUUGGAAAACGACGAUUUAGCACAGGACUUCCUGCGCAAUGAUCCGUGGCGCUAUACCCGGGUGUACAUGCACGAAUACCCUCGACCCAAAUCCGAGGUCAUUCAACCAGCAUUGCAGAGGUCCAAGAGAAACACCGUCCAAUUUACAAAGAGGCAUUCAACCGUAACUAUGAAGAACCGCCCUCCAAGACGUUACUGCCGACGGAGGAAGAUGGUGGUAAGCUUUGCGCAACUCAACAUGACCGACUGGAUCCUUGCUCCUGUCACCUUCGAUGCUGGUGUCUGCACCGGUGCCUGCACCUUCCCUCUGGGUCAGGAAGCCCAUCCGACCAAUCAUGCGGUGCUUCAAAGUGUCUGGUCUCGUUUCCUCCAAACUGCCACCUUCACGUCCACCAGUGCCUCCGGUGCUUCAGCGCAGCAAGUGCCAUCGCCCUGCUGUGUGCCGCAUGAGUUGGAGGCACUGCCGAUGCUCUACUUCCAGACAGACAACCGGGUAGUGUUAAAUCACCGGCCUGAUAUGGUAGUUCGAUCAUGUGGCUGCAAGUGA